AUGGGAGCACACGAGACUUUGUGUCUUGAUAGCUGUAUUGGAGCAAUAAAGACGGAUUGCAGCUCAACGGUAUCAUCAUUGGUACUGGAAACCAUACAGAUUGCAGCAUGUGGAGAUGGAAAAAAACCAUUGGAAGGUGUAAGUGAUGAAAGAAAAUGUUUUGACACAAACUAUGAUGGACCAGAAAAAGCCAUUUGGGUCAUUGGAUUUACGAUUGCGGUAGUCUUUUCGUUUCUUGCAAGUGUCGGUAUCAACUUGCAAAAGAAGGCGUUAAAGCAGAACGAGCUCGCGGUCGAGCCAAAACCAGCAUAUCGACUACCAUUAUGGAUGUUGGGAUUUGUACUCUGUGUCGUGGGGUCCGUGUUGGACUUUGUCGCCUUUGGUUUGGCGCCACAAAGCUUGUUGGCUCCACUAGCAGCGUUGACUCUCGUGUGGAAUAUGAUGCUCGCGCCAUGUUUUAACAAGGAAAAACUCAGCAGAAAAGAUAUCAUGUCGACGCUGAUAAUUUUUGUGGGGGCUACCAUUGCUGUUGUCUUCGCGUCCCACACGUCUCCGUCCUACAAUUUGGAUAUGCUUAUGGAGCUAUACAGAGAUCCACUCACGAUCGUCUACUUUUGCUUCGUCUUUCUAGCACUGGUUGUUAACUUUGCGGCUAUCAAAAUGGUUGAUGGGUUGUGCUUGAUGAGCAAACGACAUCGAAUUAUUCAAGUAGGUACACCAGCCAGGUGGGCGACUAUACGUCUCGUUGGCUAUGCCGGUCUCGCCGGAACCUUAGGAGGCCAGUCAGUGCUGUUUGCCAAGUCGUUGGCUGAGCUGUUGAAGGGCGUUUUUAACGGCGAUGCCAGCUGCUUUGUGCACUAUCAAACGUACCUCAUUGCGCUGGCGUUGAUUGUAUGUCUGUGUCUUCAGAUUAAAUAUCUGAAUGGUGGGCUAGUUUUAUACGACGCGCUGUCGGUGGUUCCCGUCUAUCAAGCAUAUUGGGUUAUUAGCGGUGUGCUUGGCGGUGUUUUUUACUUCCAGGAGAUACGCACCUUCUCGGUCUUGCAAUUAAUUAUGUUUGUUGUUGGAAUCGGCAUCAGCAUCUUCGGCGUUGUUCUACUUUCGCGUCGCAAGCAUGCCCCAUCAAUUGUCUCCAGCAAGGGCAAUAUAGAACGUGGUUUCAGCUUCACAUCGUCGUUGGGGCCCCCACUGAGCUCAGAUUCGCGCUUGUCACGCGUGCCCGAUGGCGUUUCUACCGACGGUGUUAUCAUGGAGCAGAACGAUGCGCGCCAUACUGGCACCUCGUGGGAGCUGCUUUCCUCCGCGAUUGAGUCUCUGCAUGGAGCAGGCGUAACAGAAGGAUCAGAUGGCGACGACAACGAUCACGACCGGCAAAAUGAAGAUUCAGAACACGUUAAUCGCCACGCAAUCGACAAUUAUCUGGACAUGUCUACUGUUGUGGCUUAUCGGAAAUUUUAG